AUGCUGUUGGACAAUGCUUCAUCGCAUGGAAAACAAGAAGAUUAUACUUUAUCAAACGUAGAAAUCAAGAUAUUGCCAGCCAACAUGACAUCACAACUACAACCAUUGUAUCAAGGUAUAAUCCAAACAUUCAAAGCUUACUACAGGAAGUCAAUGUUGAGAUCACUGUUGAGUAAAAUAGAUAGUGCUGAGUCAGUGAAUGAACUUUGUAAAACCGUGUCUUUUUUUGAUGCUAUCGGUUGGGUUGUGAAAGCAUGGGACAAUGUUAAGACUGACACAGUAGUGAAGUGUUUUAUGUCAGUGGGAUUUAUCUCGACACACUUUGUGAUGUCUUCUGAUAAUCUUGUUGGUGAUGAUGAGUUUGAUGAUGAUGAUGAUGAUGAUGAUGUACCCCUUAAUGUGUUUGUUCAACAGUUCAGAUACACUUGUGAGGACUUAGAAAGCAUUGAUCAUGAUGUUCGAACGGAGGACAAUUCAGACAAAUCGGAGUGCAAUCUUGUGCAGUCAUUUAAUGAAUCUUCUGAAACUACAUGUGAAAUCUGUGAUACUGAAACAGAUGAUGAACAGCAACAUUUACCUGGGAGUGAACUUUCUCAUAAUGAAGUGCUUGAAAUGUUUAAAAAUUUUACAACGGAAAAAGACAGUGAUUAUCUCAAUACUGUGCAGGAACUCCUGAUGCUAACUGAAUGCAAAAUUGUCAAAGCAAAGUGUGUGCAGAAACAACCUACCAUUGAUUCCUUCUUUAAAAAGUCAGAUGCAUAA